GCGAGCUUCCAUCGCGUUCUGUUGCAGUUAAUCGUUGAAGAAGGGAGGUACCUAUCCUAUUCGAUAGUGAACUGCGGAGAACGAGAAAAAGUGCUAUUCUUCUAAACAAGAAACUCCUAAUUAAAGAAUGGCGGACGACAGUCACGAGAACGGUACAAGCAACGGUGACGUACCUGAGAUCGAGCUGAUUAUCAAGGCUUCGACGAUCGAUGGUCGCCGAAAGGGUGCAUGUCUCUUCUGUCAAGAGUACUUUAUGGACUUGUAUCUUCUUGCUGAAUUGAAAACAAUUUCUCUAAAAGUGACCACGGUCGACAUGCAAAAACCGCCGCCUGAUUUCCGCACCAACUUUCAGGCAACACCUCCGCCAAUCUUAAUCGAUAACGGCGAUGCGAUAUUAGAAAACGAGAAAAUCGAACGACAUAUUAUGAAAAACAUUCCCGGUGGACAUAAUCUCUUCGUGCAGGAUAAAGAAGUGGCUACCCUUGUUGAGAACUUGUUCAGUAAACUGAAACUGUUAUUGUUGAACGCAAAGGAUAAGGAUAAAGAUCCAAAAUCCUCGUCCCUGAUGGCACACUUACGUAAAAUCGACGAACAUCUAGGCCGUAAGGGUACUCGUUUCCUCACAGGCGAUACAAUGUGCUGUUUCGAUUGUGAACUUAUGCCACGACUUCAACACAUCAGGGUGGCCGGCAAAUAUUUUGCGGACUUUGAGAUUCCUGAAACUCUAGUGCAUCUCUGGCGAUAUAUGCAUCAUAUGUACAGGCUGGAUGCCUUUUUACAAAGUUGUCCGGCUGAUCAGGAUAUUAUUAAUCACUAUAAGUUACAGCAGAGCAUGAAAAUGAAAAAGCACGAAGAGCUAGAGACUCCGACAUUCACAACCAGUAUCCCAAUCGAGGUCAACGACGACUAGGCUGGACCUCUGCCGUCGGGUCUACGAUCUCGUUACUUUGACGUAGAAAAGUCCUCGACAUCGGUGUAGAAAUAAGCAGUGUGAACAAUGUGGCACACAAAAUACAUUUUUUUACAAAAGUUGCAGUUCUUCCAAGGAAUGAUUCUGCAGGAAGAGUUCACUAUUUAUCAGAAGUUAUUGAAGUACUCUUAAAAAAGGUUCUAUUAUCUGGAUUUGAUUGUGCCGAUUCGGCUACACCGAUUUAUAUAAAUUUUUCCUACGUAUAUUUGACAAAUUAUCGUCGACUCUUUUAUGGCCUAAACUGAUGCAGAACAAGUAGCUUUUUUACCGCAGAAAACAGUAGAAGAUACGUAUAUGAGUGUAUUAAGGCUUUCGAGAAACGAUGUGUAAGCGUAUCCAGAAAAUUUAAACAAUUUUUCCUUUCCUUUCUUUCCAUUUUCUUUAUCUUUUUUCUCUGGUACGUAUGCAUUUCAUACGUAAUAUUCAUAUGAAUAGCAUUAUUUUUAGAAAAAGUAUUUUAAUGUUUUACAUAUACUUUAGAUCAAAGCUAACGUAUUUUUUUUUCUUUUUAAAGAUAAUGUAUUUCAAUAUUUUUGAUGGCGCGUAAUGUUAACACAAGUAGAAAAUACGAGAGAGACGUAUGCAUUUGAAUUAUGAUUAAUACUUGUUUAAAUUAAUUAUAUUUCGUAUAUAUUUCUUUAUCAUUUUUCUUUUGUUUUCUGGAAAGUGCAUUGUAUUUAUCAUACAUCUAACGACUAAUCAAUAAACUGAAUUAAUGAUGGUUAUUCUUUAA